GCUUUUUAAAUUUUAUAUAUAAUACUGAAAUGAUAUUAAUUAGUUUAGAUACUGAACGAAAAAUAAAUAGAUUCUGAGAUCUAGUUUCUGUGCGGUAGAACGCGUCAGGUGUGAAGCGAAUUAACGCUAAAACAGAACUGCCAGUAUUGCUGUGUUUUAGUGUUUUGUUGAUGUUGACAUUGUUGUUGAGUGACUAGUGGUGACACCCAGCUCUGUUCUUUUUCUGGAGAUCGACGCAAGUCAGUACUUUAUAAAAUCUUUGUGUGUUGUAAUAUUUAUGCCUGGAUAAGACACAAUAGACGGAACAAUAAUGCCUGAAGAGAAGACAGAUGAGACCUCCCCAGCCAAAAAGGCAACUCCCAUUGCCAAAGGAAAGACUGUUCUGGCACGGGUCACUCUACUUGAUGGGUCUUUAGUUGACAUCAACCUUGAUAGAAAGUCCAAAGGGGAAGAUUUGCUGGAGAAGGUGUGUGAUCACAUCAAUCUUUUGGAACGUGACUACUUUGGCUUGACUUACGAGGACCGACACGACCCACGAAAUUGGCUUGAACUUGACAAACGAAUUGGCAAAUUUGUCAAAAAUGAACCCUGGAAAUUUAACUUUGAAGUUAAAUUUUAUCCACCUGACCCAGCUCAACUUCAAGAGGACAUUACAAGAUAUCAGCUCUGCUUGCAGAUCAGAAAUGAUAUUCUUAGUGGAAAAUUGCCUUGUUCAUUUGUGACUUAUGCCCUGCUUGGUUCAUAUUUGGUUCAAUCAGAACUUGGUGAUUAUGAUCCAGAAGAUAACAAGAACUCGUCUGACUACUUGAAAGAAUUCCGUUUUGCUCCUAAUCAAAGUGUGGAACUUGAAGAAAAAGUGAUGGAAUUACACAGAACACAUAAGGGCCAGACACCAGCGGAGGCAGAAUUGCACUACUUGGAGAAUGCCAAGAAGCUAGCCAUGUAUGGAGUGGACCUACACCAGGCUAAGGACUCGGAGGGUGUGGACAUCAUGCUAGGAGUCUGUUCCUCGGGCCUUCUGGUCUACAGAGACAAGUUGAGGAUAAAUCGUUUUGCAUGGCCAAAAAUAUUGAAGAUUUCCUACAAAAGACACAAUUUUUAUGUAAAAAUUCGACCAGGAGAAUUUGAGCAGUAUGAGUCAACAAUUGGAUUUAAACUGGCUAAUCAUAGAGCAGCAAAAAAACUCUGGAAAGUCUGUGUUGAACAUCACACCUUCUUCAGGUUAGCAUCUCCUGAGCCUGCUACCAAAGCUGGCCUGUUCCCUAGACUGGGCUCCAGGUUCCGAUACUCCGGCAGGACACACUUUGAGACUAAGAAGACAUCCAUUGAACGACCGGCACCUCAGUUUGAGAGGAGUCUGAGUGGCAGGCGCUUGACUUCCAGGAGUAUGGACGCUCUCGGUGUUCCUAGAGCAGAGUACAAUGAUGCCAGCAAGAGACACACAAUGUCCCACCCCCCUGACCAUAUCCCAGAGAUGGACAAUGAUAAGUUGGGAAAACUGUCACCUGCCAAGUCCAAGAUCAAGGAGAAGGUGAAAGAUAAGGCAAGUUAAAUUAUAUAUAAUAUU